AUGACAGGCCGUGGAAAAGGCGGGAAAGGUCUGGGUAAAGGUGGCGCCAAACGUCACAGGAAAGUGCUCCGCGACAACAUUCAAGGAAUAACGAAGCCUGCUAUCCGAAGAUUGGCGAGGAGAGGAGGAGUCAAGAGGAUAUCGGGUUUAAUUUACGAGGAAACCCGCGGCGUGUUGAAGAUAUUUCUAGAAAAUGUCAUCCGCGACGCGGUCACGUACACAGAGCACGCUAAAAGAAAAACUGUGACCGCCAUGGAUGUUGUCUAUGCUUUGAAGAGGCAAGGACGCACGCUGUACGGUUUUGGUGGUUGA